UUUCAAGAGUGGUCUGGUAUGGAUUUCAAGGUGAUAUGAAAGAAAUUGCUAUUUCUGCUGUAAACGCCGCUCAAGGAACAGUGUGUGAUAUUUUAUUAUUUAAAAAAAUCGCAGAACCAUUUAAAAUUUCAAUUUUACAUACAAUGUUUCAAAAUGCGUCAGAUAUGCUAAUCGAAGAUUUGUUUGAUUGGAUAAAUAAUGAAAAAGUCGAUAAAGAUAAU